AUUCAGUCUUCAUUUAGCAGGUGCGGAAGAACGCAGAUCUUCGAAUGGAAAGCAAAAUUAUUGUUCUGCUGCUAUCGGCCCUCAUCUGGACGGACUGUGCUCAAUCUCAGCUGCCAGAUAACUUCAGUUGCGAGACUGUUAGUGCACAGCGACUCAAUUUAACAGCUCUGGCGGGCUACUGGUACGAGGCAGUCAGGGUGCCGAAUGUGGAUGUUAUGAACUGUUUAAAUGUCUCCGUGCCGGCAACGACGGAUCAUGAAUUGGAACUGCAAUUGGAGUACGUCAACACGGUUGAUAAACGACCCCUGACCGUUAAGGAGACAAUUUCAUUUCCAUGGGAUGACGCAACUGCGAACGGCAUUUUCAACCUGGAAUACAUUACCGAGGUGAUGAACAUAAGUGUCACCUACAAACUGGUCUAUGCCCAACCCCAGCUUAUGGCCAUCCUCUGCGGCUACGCUAGCAUCUCGCCGAUGCCGCUCUUCAAGAUAUUUACGCGCCAGCGCCAGCUCGAUCCAAUUAUUGUCAGCUAUAUUACCAAGCAAUUGGAUAAAACAAGCUAUGGCAAUAAUGUUCAUUGGACAGAACAAUCACCGGAUCGUUGUAAUGCCGCAGUCAGUCCGAAAUUGACAGUCAUAACAGUAUUUGGAUUGGCUAUCAUUUCUAGUCUAUGGAGUUAAUCAGCUGAAACAAGCGGCUGCUUAUCGUUAUCAAAGGCCAUUAUAUAAAGUUGUGAGUCAUUUCUGUUAUAAUUUGUGUUAAAAGCUACGUAAACUAUUCAUAUUUAUAAGAUAUAUGUACAUCGUAACAAACUUGAGCUGUAUUCGAUUUUAUGCGUA